UCUGUGAAAUAAAGUAGACGAACAUUUCAAGGCGACACCCAAAACAUAAAAGCGUAUACGUUUGUUCUGUUCCGUUAGUAUUUGCCAAGAUUUUAUCAGUUUGUGUGCGAAGAAGUAUAGAUUCGUCGCGAUAACAGCUAAAACCACAACAUUCGACUGAGCAUCGACUGCGGAAAUGGCCGUGCAUGUGUCUUGGAUGGGUAAAUAGUGAUGCCAAACAACAUAUUUUAAGGGUGUAAACUUCAAAACCAAACUCGCACACUUGAGGUGGACAGAUCGCAAGAAGUCAGUAUGUGUGGAAAUUGUUCAGUGAUGUCAAGUAUAUAUAAUUAUGAUAUGGACAUAGUGAUGUGUUUUAUUUUGUGAAUGUGAAUGGCAUUUUAAGCAGAACGAAACAGUGAAACGGACAAAAAGAGGAAUCUUGUCGUUAUUUUCAAGAAUGUUUGCAUGAGUAUGUUUUUAUUACUGAGGUGUUGCCACACGGAAGCCAUUCUAGAACACAAGAAUAUUCCCAUUCAAAACACAUUUUAGAGCGUUCAAACCUAUUCAAAAUUGUAGAACAUAUCAACGUUGAAUGAUAUAGAUUUUAUGACUGAUUUUAGGUUGACUUUGAAAUCUAGAAAGCAUUCAAGAAAGGAUUCAAGAAAAGAUUACAGAGUUUUGAAUUCUGGAGAAGAUUCUUUGACAAAAAUACUUUUGAUUUUCUGAAAGAAUUCAAGGCAGGAUACUGGAUGAAUGUCACAAAAGGAAGAUCUUUGAACAUCGGAACGUUGAAGUCUAAGAAUAUUAUGUUUUAUGAGGAAUUUAAAAUCUAGAAAAUAUUCGAAAUAGGAUAAGGGCGCUGGAUUCUAGUUAGAAUAUUAGUCGUUAAACUCAAGCUAGGAAUCGCGGAAGAAGGACGUUGGUUUAUUAAAAGGAAACGGUAAAAGGGUCAGUAUUGGCGAUCUACCGUAAGGAAAUACCACAAUGGCUGUGACUGCAAUGCUUAUGUUCUUCAUGACCUUUUAUAUAGUGGCCCUACCGUCUCCAUCCCAGGCCAUCAUCAACUACACAACAGAGCCAACGUCUACGACAUUCUCCUUGUACCUGAACGGCGUCACUAUGGAGGACGACUGCAUCUGUGGGUGUUCGUCGUCAAACAGCUCGGGCAUCGAGGCGGAGAUCGCCGCCAUUUACAAGAAACUUUACCUGGACGCGACGACCACGUCACAGUAUCGACGGAAACGCACGAGCGCUGAAGACCCCCGACCGUCAGCCCAAGGAAUUGGUUACAGCGGAAUAAUAUGUCUCGUUGUCGCGUUUCUGUUUUUCUUCGUGUCCGAUGUUUUGAACGUCGCUAUGCUGUUUGGUAACAUGAAACCUCCAGUGAUAACUGGGAAGCAGUCCUAAUUCGCAAUGAGUUAAGUUUGUUUUUGUUUAACGACACCUCUAGAGCACAUUGAAUUAUUAAUCAUCGGCUAUUGGAUGUCAAACAUUUGGUAAUUUUAACAUAUAGUCUUAGAGAGGAAACUCGCUAUAUAUUUUUUUCCAUUAGUAGCAAGGGAUCUUUUAUAUGUACUAUCCUACAGACAGGAUAGCACAUACCACGGCCUUUGGUAUACCAGUCGUGGUGUAACGCGCAAUGAAGUCAAUCCAUGAAUGCAGUGAAGUCAAUCUGCCGGCAUCCACGAAGCGUGUGGGUUGUUUUAAGCCAAUAUUUGUUUUGGUUUGGUUUCACGCAAACGAAAAUAGAAAGUGUGGUAAAACGUCUUUUACUGACAUAUUCUACAGAACACGAAACCAAAUAAAAUGUGUUUAGAUCAAUAUGGAAGUACUAAAUAUGUAGGUAACAGGGCCUUACCCUGAUCAAAAUCCUUGGGGGGGGGGGGGGGUCACUGCUUUUUAUAAACAAAUGAAACACUAUACAAAUUAAACCCUGAGAUGUAUAUGCUAUAUUGCCCCCCCCCCCCCGCCCUCCUGAACCCCCACCCACCCCCCUCAGAGGGUACGGCCCUGGGUAAUGUACUGACUGGGAACUGUUUGGCAGCCAUUUUAAUUUGGUGUAAAGGCGCAGACCUUAGUUUCAACCCGUAAAAAUUGACACUAAGUUUUGUUAAGUUACACCAGGGUGAAACAAGAGUUUGAAGUUGAAACGGUGAAAUACCGUUAAAAAUAGACUAAAACUCGACUCCAUAACUGUUACUUCUUAGACGCACGUGCGUUUAAAAAACACACAAUUAAAUGCAUUUUGUGGUAUUAGAAAC